GUGAAAGUUGGUGACAAGGAAUGUGACGUCAUGUCAACAUUUUACCUGUACAUCACCACAAAACUGGCCAAUCCAAUCUACACGCCUGAGGUGAGAGUGACAUUUUUAUUAAUUUUUUUUAAUUGCACUUGACUAAUCUUUUUGACAUUAACUUUAGCAUGCAUUGAAUCUUAAAAAGAUAAAAAAUAUUUGUGUGAUCGGAUAUAACAUUAUUUUAAUUUUCAAAAUGCAAAAUUUAUUUAUUGGUAUAUAUUGGUCCUGUGUUUAUGAAUAAUACUGAAGUCUCAUCCUAAGUAUAUGAAUAAGACUCAAGUCUCCCCUUGUGUUUAUGAAGAAAACUGAAUUUUAUUUCUGUCACGUGGACGAUCUGUCAUCUUUAUUUCUUCUGCUUUUUUCCCGAUUGCUCUGACCUAGAAUCACAUCACUGCAGCCAAGCACACGUGUUGCAUGUUUUUUUAUGUUUUAAACUUGUUAAGUCACUUAUGAUGUUAAUAUAUGUGCCACUAAUACGUCUCUUUGGGAAAUGGCGUCGGUGGGCCGUCAAGCCGUCGAGCUCAUAAUGACCCUCCCUGUACCCCCCACAUGGGCCAGGCACCGGGUCUCUUCGCCACCAGACCAUGCUGUGGCAUGCCGGGAACCUACCCCCUGGCCUGGGGGAUGUCCAGUCAACCAAGAAUGCUACAUUUAAAGCAUUCACAGCCGACUCUCCCGUGGCUUGGGCGGGUUUGCUUACACUCCGGAGGGAAGGUGUUGCAUUACCACCCCCACCGCCCAGGGAGUCUUUCAAUCAGGACGGAAAGCUGGGAUAAAACUAUUGCCUAGGAGCGGCUUUCUCACGGCCGCUUAGCGAUGUGCCUCUACCUCUAGAACAUUCAGUCAAUCUCAUCUCUAAAAUAUUAUUUCUUUUUCUUACAGAUCAGCGCCCGCACAUCUGUGAUUGACUUCACUGUGACACAGAGGGGUCUGGAGGAUCAGCUGCUGGAUCGUGUGCUUGUCACAGAGAAAUAUGCAAGUCUAAAUAUAUGA